AAACCUAAAAUCUCUUUUGCUUAAGUUCUUUUAUUGGUAAAGUAAAAGUUCAUUCUCUCACUUUAAAUCACUGUCUUCUUCUUCCGAUCUAUUUUUCAUCUUGAUCUUGAAAUGGAGCAACCGCAAUAUCAUAACCAUCACCAUCAGCAAACCGACCAAGAGAGCGGCAACAACAACAAGUCCGGCUCUGGUGGUUACCCGUGUCGCCAAACGAGCACAAGAUGGACACCAACGACGGAGCAGAUCAGAAUCCUCAAAGAUCUCUACUACAACAACGGAGUUCGGUCACCAACAGCCGACCAGAUCCAGAAGAUCUCUGCACGGCUGAGACAGUACGGAAAGAUCGAGGGUAAGAACGUCUUUUACUGGUUCCAGAACCACAAGGCUCGUGAGCGACAGAAGAAGAGAUUCAACGGCACAACCAUGACCACACCAACAUCUUCAUCCCCCAACUCGGUUAUGAUGGCCAACGACCAUUAUCAUCAUCAACAUCAUCCUCUUCUGCAUCAUCAUCAUCAUGGUGUUACCAUGCAUAGGCCUGCUUCGGUCAAUAUUAAGCUUGACCAAGAAAAUCAUCUCCUUCAUCAGAACAUAUCAUAUCCCAACUUUCAUAACGGGAAUUUAAAUCAUGCAACUUCAGGCACUGAAUGUGGUGCUCUUAAUGCUUCUCCCAAUGGCUACAUGAGUAGCCAUCUCUAUGGAUCUAUGGAACAAGAUUAUUCAGUGAGCUACAACAACUUAGGCGGAGGAUGGACAAACAUGGAUCAUAAUCAUCAUUACUCAGCUCCAGCUUACAACUUCUUCGAUAGACCAAAGCCUCUGUCUGGACUAAAAGAUCACGAAGAAGAAGGAGAAUAUGGUGGCGAUGCUUAUCUGGAACAUAGACGUACACUUUCUCUCUUCCCUAUGCACGGUGAGGAUCACAUCAACGGCAGUGGUGAUGCCUUUUUGAAGUACGGACAGUCGGACGAGCGUGAUUAUUAUGGUAGAGGGCCUUGUGCUUCUCUCAAGUUAUGUCUAAACUCCUACGCAGGCGUCUCACCGGAUUAAAGCUCUCUUUCGCUAUCUUUGUCUCUCUGAUGUUUCGGUACUGACUAAUGAUGCAGUAAUCAUAUAAUAAUAGUAUCUCUCGUACGUAGUUUAGUUAUCUGUAAUUACUAUCGUCUCUCGGGUUAGCUUUCAUUGAGUGCGUUUUUCUCCUUCUUUUUAAUGUAAGACGUUGAACUUAUAUUAGUAUUUACAAAUAAGAACU